AGUAUGAAACCCAAAAACUGCAUUAUAUAAGAAGAGGGGUUUGGUGGGAUCUCAGCAUCAGGAGAAAGAGAUGGCAGAUUUGGUCGAGGCUUCCCAAUUCCUUCAUGGCGUUCUCGAUUUGACAAUCUUCGAAGCUGAUCACCUCCACCAUUGUUUCCAUGGUUUCCUCCUUCAGGUCACAGAAAAGAUAGAGGAAGCCUUACAUCUGGACAAGCUUGCCCACACCAAACUCUAUGCCACUGUAGACAUCGGUGGGGCAAGGGUGGCAAGGACCAGAGAGAUCGAAUUCCAUCCCAAGAACCCAAUAUGGAACGAAUCCUUCCACAUCUACUGCGCCUAUUCCGCUCCCUCAAUCGUUGUAUCUAUUAAAAACCAGCUCCCCGUCGAUGCAAAGGUUUUGGGCCGUGCUAAGAUCCCCACCUCCCACUUACUCACUGGGCAACCUCUGGAAGGCUGGUUUGAUCUAUUCAAUGAUGAGGGCGACAAGCUCAAGAAAGCAAAGAUCCAUGUCCUCCUCAAAUUCUCUGAUAUCACCACCGAUCCAUGUUGGAAUGCAGGAAUCAGACUUCCACAAUUCUCUGGCGUUCCCAAAGUUUACUUCCCUCAGAAAACCGGUUGCGAAGUGACGCUCUACCAGAAUGCUCAUCUUUCUAAUAAUUUCCGACCGGUGAUCCAUCUCUCUAAUGGUAAAAACUAUCACCCUCGGAGAGUAUGGGAGGAUCUUUACAUUGCCAUAACAGAAGCCAAACAUUUCAUUUACGUUGCUGGCUGGUCGGUGAAUGUCAACAUCACCCUCAUUCGAGAUCCGGAGCGCAUGAUCCCGGGCGCAGAGGGUGUAACCAUAGGAGAAUUGCUGAAGAAAAAGGCCAAGGAAGGAGUUACGGUGUUGGUCAUGAUCUGGCAGGACCGAACCUCGGUGUCACUCCUAGGGAAUGCAGGGCUGAUGAAGACACAUGACGAAGAGACUUACAAAUUCUUUGAAGGCAGCAAGGUGAAGUGCUUCCUCUGUCCACGCAAUGCUGACCGCUCCCUCACUGCAGUGCAGCAUGUUGAGGUCGGAUUGGAAUUCACCCACCACCAGAAGAUAGUCUGUCUUGAUGCUCCCAUGAGCAAUGGUACUUGCCGUAUUGUAAGCUUUGUUGGUGGAAUUGAUCUCGCCGGUGGAAGGUAUGAUGAUGAGAACCACACACUUUUCAGAAACCUUGACACGACCUACCUUCAUGAUUUCCAACAGAAUAACUUCCCCCAUGCUGAUCUCCGCCAUGGUGGCCCAAGGGAGCCAUGGCAUGAUGUGCAUUCCAAGCUUGAAGGCCUUGCAGCUUGGGAUGUACUUACCAAUUUUGAGCAGCGAUGGAUAAAACAGUCCCCGAAGAAGAUCUCUCAUUGCUUGGUAAAUAUCCGUGAGCAACCUGAUAUCUUUCCAAUCCCAUCAGGUCAUGUUACCCACGAAUCAUGGAAUGUGCAAGUCUUCCGAUCAAUUGAUGAUGCUUCGGUGGUCGGCUUCCCCUCUGAUCCAUCCAAAGCUGCUAUGCUGGGGUUGAUGAGUGCAAAAGAUGUAACGGUUGAUCAAAGCAUACAUUCAGGCUAUGUUGAAGCAAUUAGAAGAGCAAAGAGGUUUAUAUACAUUGAGAAUCAAUAUUUCUUUGGAAGUUGUUUUUCCUGGAGGCAAGAUCAGGAUUGUGGAUGUCUGAAUUUGAUCCCAAUCGAGGUAGCUUUGAAGAUUGCAAGCAAGAUUCGCCGGGGAGAAAGGUUUGCAGCUUAUAUAGUGACCCCGAUGUGGCCCGAGGGGAUACCAGAGGGUGAUACCGUGCAGGCCAUACUGCACUGGAAUAGGCUGACAAUGGAGAUGAUGUAUGGAAUUGUGGCCAAGGCUAUAGAGGAAGUUGGGUUGGGUGGGAAGGCGCACCCAUGUGAUUAUUUGAAUUUCUUCUGCUUGGGGAACAGGGAAGUACGGUAUCCCGGGGAGUACAUCCCACCAGAGAGGCCGGAACCAGGUUCAGACUACUGGAGGGCACAAGUCAACCGGCGAUUCCUCAUCUAUGUGCAUGCGAAGGUCAUGAUCGUGGAUGAUGAGUACGUGAUCAUUGGCUCUGCAAACUUGAAUCAGAGAUCACUUGCAGGUGACAGGGAUACUGAGAUUGCCCAUGGGGCGUAUCAACCUGCAUAUCUAAACAGGCCUGAUGAACCAGCUCGUGGACUCAUCUAUGGAUACCGCAUGUCACUGUGGUACGAGCACUUCAUGAGCCACCACAAGCACCGAUCUCAUGACUUUUUUGAACCCGAGAGCUUGAAGUGUGUGAGAGCAGUCAGGCGAAUUGCUGAGGAUCUGUGGGAGAAGUUUGUGGGAGACGAGGUGGUUAAUCUCCCUGGCCAUCUGCUUCCAUUCCCCAUCCAGGUCUCGGAGGCUGGAGAGUUGUCGGAAUUGCCGGUCGAUGGCUUCUUUCCAGACACCAAGGCUCCUGUCCAGGGCAAGAAGUCUGAAAUCCUUCCCCCUAUACUCACCACAUGAGUUUUUGUUCCCCACUUCUUUUUGGGACUAAAUGCAUUAAUGUUGUGAUAUAAUAAAUGGCACUCAUGCACCAUCUGUAAGAUUUCAUGAUAAUUAUAGAGGCCUAAGCUUACAAUUGAAAUAAAGAUGCAGUGUGAUGUUUUUAUUUCAUUCACCA